GUGGCCUUAAAAAGGAGCGAUUACAGCCCGCUCAGCCUAGCCUAAGGCGUGAGGUGAACGGCCAUGAUGAAGAUGGAAAUGAGCUACAGACCACACCAGAGUUCAGAGCACACGUUGCAAAGAAACUGGGAGCAAUGCUAGACGGUUGCAUCACUGUCCUGAGGGAGUCAUCGGGACCUUCACAAGCCUCUGUGCAGCAGUCUGACCCUGGAGAUGAUGGUUUUCGCCUCUUCUCUUCCUCUGUCCCAGGAGACUGUGGGGAAUCGGAGCCUUGCCCUGCAGCAAGGAGGAGACGGCCACCUAGCUCUAGUGACACGGACAGUGAACAGGAGUGGCAAAGGUACCAAGAGGCUGCUGUGUCAACUGCAGACAUUCUGAAGCAAAGUGCUUUUCCUGCACUGUCCCAGGAUUCCAGCCGGGAUCAGAGUCAGGGUUAUGUAGAGCACAGCCAGAAAAAAAAGAAGAAAAAGAAAAUUAGGGGAGAGAACAAUAUUCAGGAGAAAAGAAUAGACUCAGCAGAGUGUGACCAGAUCAGCAGAGAUUUGCCACGGUUCGUGUCUGCAAAUGGACAGCAUGAGAGACAGGACAGCGAUCACACAGAGAACUCGGUGUUGCCUGGAGUCGUGAAGAAGAAAAAGAAGAAAAAAAGAGAGUGA